AUGUUCGAUGGUCCAGAGGAAAGCGUGACACAGCUGGUUGAGCUACUGCAAAGCAGCCGCCCACGUGACCGCUGGAAGGCUGCCGACAAGCUGGGCCGCCGGGGCCGCGGCAGCGACGAGGUGGUGGCGGCUCUGCUGCUCUGCGCGCAGGACGAGGAUGACGACGUGCGCUGUUCUGCCGCUAGAGCGCUUGGCCACGCGGGUACAGAUCGUUGUGCUCCAGAGCUGGUGAGGCUCCUAGGAGAUGACGAUGGAGGUGUUCGCUGGGGUGCAGCUGAAGGUCUUGGAAAUCUGGGCGCUUCGGCCUCCUGUGGACUGGUGCAACUCCGAGAAGCCUUGGAUGACAUAGAGGAAGAUGUGCGUGGAGCUUCAGCUCAAACCUUGGGAAAGCUUGUGCGGCUCGUUGCUGUGCCGGCCAAUGACCUUGUAGCACCAUUGAUCCGGAGUCUUUCUGACAGAGCCUGGAGCGUGCGGCGCUCAGCUGUUGAAGCGCUCGGAAGAUGUGGUGCUGCAGCAAGUUCGGGCAGCUCAGAGAUACAGCAGCUGGCCGAGUCAGAUCCGCAUCCCAGGGUGCGACAAGCUGCAGAAGUGUCCCUACGAUUGAUCCUAGGGCCUGCCCAAGCAUAA